GAUUCGUCGAGGGAGAAAGUACUCAUGGUGCAGAAAAGUUAUUCAAAAAGUUCAUCAAAAACAAACUACUUUUCGAAGAUCAUGCAAAUCAUAGCUACGAGCCGAUGAUCAGGGGUCUUUGCAAGAUCGGAAGUCACUUCAAAGCCAUUGCUUUGCUUAGGCUCAUGGAUGGAAGAAGAGGUUACAGAGCUCCUUGGUCUGGGUAUGCCCGCAUCAUUGAUGAUAGAUGAUCCUUUCAGAGUCUUUGAAGAAAUGAAAUUUCACAGAAAUAUGCCUCCUAAUGUCUUCACAUACAACUCUUUGCUUUAUGCCCUUUCCAUGUCAGGUCGUUGGAACGAGGUCUGUCGGAUUCUAAAAGAAAUGCACGAUCAAAAGAUCAUUAUACGUAGGAGAACCUUUAAUAUAUUAAUUAACGCACUCUGCAAACAGGGUAAGAUGAAAGAAGCAGAGACUGCUGACUUCAUAAUGGUUCAUAUUCUUGAGUACGGUUAUCGUGACAUAAACGCAUACACUUCACUUAUUGAAGGUUAUUGUUUGAACGGUGAACUGAAUAGAGCAAUGUCAACUCUGGAAUCCAUGGAGAAGCCUCAUUUUCCCAAAGUCAAACCUACUCUUCAUAUUUAUAACAUUUUAUUGGAUAGGUUUUUCAGCUUAGAUGACACGAAUUUCUGGUCUUAUAAGCGUGACCUUGAUUCCAUGUAUGCUAGGGCAGGUUGGGAAAUCGAAGAAAACAGUGUCACUCGUUACAUCUGGUAUAGAGAACGAAUGGGAAAACCUUCUGAUGAAAAAUAUUCCGUUUACAUGUUAUGUUUGAUGGAUCAUUGCGACAAGUAUGAAGUGGAUGCUGCAUUGAAUUUGUUCUACUUUAUGGAUGGCAAAGAACUAAACUCAAACAUUGACGUGUAGAAUAUUCUCAUUGAUUGUACAAAUAUAUGUGGGAGGUUUGAUAUUUCAAGAAUUCUUUUCCAUGACCUCUCUGUCAAAGGUUUGGAACCUAAUUUAGAUACAUAUGUGCUGAGAUUAGAGGUUUUUGUGAGCGAGGUCUACUCAAAGAUGCAAAAAAAUUGCAUCUUCAUUUGGAAAUUAAAAUAGUGGUUUACAGCCAAGGAGUAUCAUCAAUGGUGAUGAUAUUAUCCAAGAAUAUACUGAAACCAAGCCCAUUGAUGACCCGGCGAAACUAUUUAUUGAAGCAAAGAGAAGAGGGUACAGUAAGAGAGUUCACGAGUGCUUCAAAUUUGUCACCGAGUACUUCAAACCUAUCUGAUAGUUGCGGAUCAGGGGAUAUGUAGAGUGCCUAAACACAAGUAUUGUGCUUAGUUUGAUGCCUUGUUUCUAGGAUUGCAAGUGUA